AUGCAUCGACUUUUUGCUGAGCUGGAGCCAUCUGUAACCGUCACCGAGCAAAACCUGGCAGACCGAGUUCGGUAUAUCUUGCGCUCAAAUACAUUUGAUGUCACCGAACUCGAACGGCUACGACGUGAGGCUGUUCCUUCAUCGGGUGAAAAUGCUGCGGCUGAGGAUGCGGCGCCACAACUUGCUGAGCAAACGGCAAAUCUGGAUGCCGCCGUGAAUACGCCAGUUGUGGUUGAUUCAAACGAUGAUGGAACAGUCGCCCAGGAACUGGAACUAGAGCAAAUGAGGAGUACAUUGGAAGAGGCGAUUGUGGAAACGCGCAGUACGACUCUCGAAAAUCGACCGCGACUUCCCCGCUUAGCCCUAAGCAAGCGGAAUCGGGCUGUCGUGAGGGCUCUGAACCCAAUGCUGGUUACCUAUUUGGAAGCCAGCCGGGACCUUUGCGAUACGGACUCAAUUCUUUUUGGCGCCGCACUGGCAGUCUGCCGUAUUAUAGGUGCCAAACUUUCCACGGCUGGACGCGCUACUGGACAAAGUAGUGCUAUCCCAGCCUGGAGAAUAAGAAUUGAAGAACGUAUCGCAAAGGCUAGGGCCCUCAUCGGCAGACUGAUAUGCUUCAGGUCAGGCAAUACCAGGCCAAGGAUUGUGCGCACCGUCAGGAUGGCGUUUGCUGGGACAAAUGUUAGUUUGUCCCAGCCGGAUAUAAUGCAAAAACUGACGGAGCGCAUAGACGACCUGAAGCAAAGAAUAGCUGCUUGGGGAAAGCGGAUUCGGCGAUAUACCGAGAGGUCGACACGGUUCAACCAGAAUCGUCUCUUCCAGAGUGAUCAGAAGAGGCUCUAUAAAUCAUUGGAGCGACCAAUAGUAAGUGGAACGGGCCCUGCACCAAAUCAGGCCGACAUGGUCGCAUUCUGGCGCAGCCUGUGGUCAGAGCCCGUAAACCACAACGAGGGCCCUUGGACGGAAGUUGUGGCGAGUCAGUGUGCGAGUAUUACGCCCAUGGACCCCGUCAUCAUAACGCCGGAUGACGUAGCUGAGGGCGGUCUGUAG